CUGUUGGAUGGAAGGCAUCACUGAAUCUGCAGCUACCCAGUUAUGUGUGCCACUUCUAUUAGCAUCAUCAUGGCUCCAAGGAAAGAAGAAGUCCAACUCAUCUGGAAAAAACAAAUUGUAUAGAAAUGCCUGGUAACUUUACUGUGAACAUUUGCUGGAAAAACUUGACAUUUUAGCCCUUGGCCUUCUGGGAAUGCUUGAGGUGUCAUUCUACUACAUUCCCUUGGCUGACGAAACAGACAUGCGGGAGCCUGAGGAUAAAAGAUCUGAGGCUGUCAGAGAUGACUCUGGUUCUGUCCAUGAAUAGAUUCUGCGAGCCCAUUGUCUCGGAAGGAGCUGCUGAAAUUGCCGGGUACCAGACACUAUGGGAGGCUGACAGCUACGGAGGCCCAAGCCCCCCAGGGCCAGCACAGGCUCCUCUGCAGGGAGACCGGGGAGCUGGUCCCCCGCUGGCAGGAUCACAUUACAGGGGAAUUUCAAAUCCUAUAACAACAUCCAAGAUCACAUACUUUAAGAGGAAGUAUGUGGAAGAAGAGGAUUUUCACCCACCACUCAGCAGCUGUAGCCAUAAAACCAUCUCAAUCUUUGAGGAACGAGCCCACAUCCUUUAUAUGUCCUUAGAAAAGCUAAAGUUUAUCGAUGAUCCUGAAGUGUACCUCCGAAGAUCUGUCCUUAUAAACAAUUUGAUGAAAAGGAUCCAUGGAGAAAUCAUCAUGCAGAAUAACUGGUGCUUUCCUGCCUGUUCUUUCAAUGGCACCUCUGCCCAGGAGUGGUUUAUGGCUCAAGACUGUCCUUACCGGAAACGACCUCGGAUGGCCAAAGAGGAGUGUGAAAAGUUUCAUGCCUGCUGCUUGUACCAAGAAUGUGGUGGUCACUACCUAAAUUUACCCCUUUCUGUCAAUGCUAAUGUCGGAAAUGCCUCCACCACUGCCUCUUCCUCCUCCUCCUCCUCCUCCUCAUCUUCCUCUUCCUCUCCCCCUCUGCCUUUACCGAGUUGUUCCCACCAGGUGGAUUUUGAUGUAGGCAGUGCACCCAUUUACAAGGGUGAUGGCCAGAUACCUGCCAAUGAAAUCUUUGUUACUAAUAUGAGGUCACUUGGUGUUCAGGAAAAGGCCAAAUUGAAUGAGAAAGCAAAUGAUGACACCAACAGGGAUGGUGGCCCCCUAAGCCAUGAACCUGUGGGAAAUGACCUUGCUUUUGAGUGCAAAGGCCAAUUUUAUGAUUAUUUUGAGACUGGAUAUAAUGAAAAAAGCAAUGUAAGUGAGUCGUGGAAAAAGUCCUUAAGGAAAAAGGAGCCUUCACCAAGUAACAAACUGUGCUGCAGCAAAGGAAGUAAAAUAUGAGCCACCUUCUCACCGAAACUUUGAAGCAUGCACAGCAUGAUCAAUUAGCUCUCAUGAAUUUUAUUUUGAAUGGAUUUUAUAGUUUUGUACAACUGAUACAAUUAUGCCAUGAACAUGCCAUGUCAUUUUAAUGCCUGGAGAGCAGAUUGCAUAUAACAUCUGUAUAGUAGGCAUCGGCGAGCUACUUAUAAAUGUGGUGACGUUACCGAGAAAACAGUUGACGCUUAAAAGUAUAUCUUAGUUUUCUUACAGAAAAGAUCAGUAGAUUAGAACGGGGGGCAAUGUGCCCUUGUGAUAUUUCCGUGACCUCCAGGAGCCUGUCACUAGCGAAGAACCUUCCACCUGUUUGCCACUUAAUUAGGUAGUUAUUUGGUAAGCAAAUCAAUAUAACCAGCAAGGAAUGUCUGCUUCUUCUUUAUGAUACAGUAUUUUUUUCUGACUAAAAGACUGAAGACAGGGAGCUAGGUGAAAUGGCUUCCUGGUGCUGUUAAGUAUUUGAAUUCAACAGUCUUGUGUGACAGAUGAAAAUAGGAUAGAACGUAAUGAAGCACACCUGUCUAGGGGCAGCAAUCAACAAUAUGAGUAGAGGCUAAUCCCUGCAAGUUCCCAGCUUGCCUGUGAUGGGUGAUGAGGCUUUUAGAGAUAUACUAUACAGGGCGAUUUUUGGUGCCUUACUUUAUCUUAAUUUUUGCCAGUGUGAAAAUUAAGGAUAAAUCAGAGUACAGCAGGGAUUUAACAAACAGGAAAACAAAAAAACACAGGGUGGAUCAAUAUUGUUUGGAAACCGUUAAUGUCGAACUAUUGCGUUCAACUUUUGAUUCAACAUCUCUAUUCUUCCUUUGUUUUGAUGCCCAAUUGCUUUCGGAUUUGGCAUUUUUAGAAAGGGAUGGAGGAAACAAUAGAGCUGUUAGAAACCAGCACUGGCUGCUCGAGCUUUUCUAUGGCAACGGUCUGUUGCUGGGGUUUGGGUUUUCUGGGUUUUGGGUUGUUUUGUUUUGUUUUCUUGUCCAAUGAAGUUCAUGAACCAGUGGCAUGCAUCAUACUUUAAUCUGUUUUGCAUCAUUUCACUCGUUUAGAUUAUAAAAGCAUGUGGUUUUUUAUAUAUGACUUUUGCUGUUGAUUACGAAGCACAAUGUUGAUAAAUGAUGUGGUGAUCAAUAAGGUUUUAUCUUAAAGAAUGUAAAGAUUUUAGUUUGGGGAAAGUUAUUUUGGAGAAAUGGGACUCAGUCGGCAAAAGCUCCUAUGUAUUUGGUCGUUUUUCUCAAUCAUUUCUUUCAUUUGUGCAUUGGCAAGGUACCAGAGUACCCCUCUGACCAUCCUUCCUUCCACACCAGCCAACUCCUCCUGCUAAACUGUAUUCCCAUUUCCAAGGUUACUGGCUGACUUGGGCCUCCUUACACAAUACUUCACAGGAACCAAAUGCCAAACGGAGGAAGUAAGUAAGUCCUCCCAGUUUCUCCAAGAUAAAGCUUUUUUAUUAUUGCUAUUAAUAUUAAAUAUAGGUCUCAUUCAUACAGUGUAUGAGUAGGAUCAUCAUUUGGACAAUGUCCACAAGGACCAAUUUUUAAAACCUGUUCUUGUGUUAUGGCUGAAUAGUCUAGUGAUGUUUUGUCCUUUAUUUUCAAUAUUUGAUAAACAUUUGAUGUUGAAAACUUAGAUGAUAGAUGCUUGUAUAUGAA